AUGUCCAGGUCGGGACAGGCCUGCAAAGGGUGUAGUCCUCAUCACUCAGCAUUCAAGCAAUGUGAAUACUGCAAGUCUGACUUCAAGUACUAUGUCUACGGUGACAUCUGUCCAAAGUGCCAGUCUUUAAAAAGUAAAUAUGGUGAACCUCAACCUUGUUCAAUAUGCAACUUAAAGACAGCAUUCGGCAAUGCAUUAGUUUGCCAGCGUUGUUUACAUUAUAGAAACAGAUUUGGUGAACCAAGACAAUGUCAGUCAUGUGGAAAUAUGUGCGCAUUUUUCAAAGACGAAGCCAGUCGUCAAAAGGUUGAUGGACAAAUUCUUUGUUGGGUGUGUACAUACAACUUUAAAUUGGCUCGAUCUAAAGAACGAUCUUUAGCGCAUACAACAAAUAAACGUCGACACGAUGGUGUACAAAUCAGUGAUACAAAUCGUUUAAAAUCUACUAUGGAUUUGGAUUCUGUAUACAAUGAACACCUACUUACUAUCAGUCAAUUACAAGAUGAAAUUAAAUCACUGAAACGUCAAUUAGCGCUUAAAGAUGCUGAUAUGUUAGCUAAAGAUCGUACCAUAGCUGAAUUACGCUCUGAAAUGAUUGAUAUGAAAAAUGUACACGAAGAUCGUGUACGGAAGGUGAAAUCAGCUGGACAACUUGAACAAGAUCGUUUACUGGCAACAAUACGUCAGUUGCAAAAAGAGAAUGUCUCUCUUCGCCAAGGUGAUAAACGUCGUCGCAGUAGUAAUAAUCCGUCUGGAAUUCUGCAACUUCGACAUUCUACCUCUGCGACAACACUGUUCAAUCCAGAUUCACCACUACUUAUAAGUAGUGGUAGUAGUAAUAGUGCAAAACGUCAAAAUAAUAAAACACCAGUUAGCGGGAGUAAUCGUAGUGGUAAUCCAACUACUACUACUACUACUGAUGAAUCUGAUAGUGUUAAAACACCCAACGCCGCCUCCUCUGAACCCUCCUCAUCAAAAGAUGAUGACGGCACUCCACCACGACCACCUCCUGAUUCUUCAGUAAAUAAAAAACAACGAUUAAUAGUCAAUGAUGAUGAGGAUAAUAGUAAUACUAGUGUACACCAACCGUCAACAGAUGAAGAUUCGAAUUUAACACCGCAACAUCGUAACACUCCUGAUACUGAGAGUAUUAAUAAACAACAGAAGAAGGAGACAAGUUCACCAGAUUUAACACCGACGACUGUAACAUCUAAUCGAUCAUCCUUAUCAGAUGAUGAUGAAGCAGAGGACAAAGGUUAUGAGUAUAAUCCACAUGAAAUGAUUGGAAAAGAUCCUCUUGGAUUAGAUACACCGACAGAAUCAGAAGAUGAAGGUGUCGACGGUGAUGAUACUGGAGCGGCUGAUAAGUGAAUAUAUACAUAUAAAUAUAUAAAUAUCUCUUAAAUAUUUUUUAUAUACACAUGCGCGCUUUGAUGAUAACCAAGUUUACCAGAAACAAAGAAGAAGAAAAAAACUUAUUUCGAUCUGCAUUUUUUGUAUAUUUAUGAGUAAUUCUUCAUAUUUUUUCAGUUUAUCCUUUCUUUUCUUCUUUCUCGCUCUCUCUCUCUCCCCUGACACCCUGUUGUUUAUAUGAAAGAAAACUGUGCCGACCAGUGUGUGUUCCCUUCCCCCUUAAAAAGAAUGUCGUUUUGUCCAUUAUUACACUUUCUCCCACAAUUACAUUUUUUUUCUACGUCCGUAGGGGCUCUCUGUACACUUGGUGGUGGCAUACAGGAGUCACACACACCACGCGUUACUUUGUAGAUAUGUGUAUCUAAUGCAAUAACAUGUAAUAUUUGUUAAUAUUCUGUUCCAUUUCUGUCUCUGUCCCUCUCGCAGUUAUUCAAUUUGCAGUUUACUUUUUUCCAGUUUAUUGUCGUUAAAAUUAUGUAUUCAUAAGAUGAUGCCAUUUAUAUACUCCUCCUCGUCCCUACUCAACCUCGACUGCUUACACACACACACACACACACGCAGACAGACACUAAUUUCCAUUUGUAUCCUUUGAUCUUUCUUGUUUCCAUUAUAUCAUCAUCUGGUUAUCCUCAUGACUGUCAGAUAUUUUAUUUUAUUUGUAUUUCACUUUUGGUGUUUCAUUAACGAAGUUGGUUUUUCGCCUUGUUUCUAACGUGUACCCACUGCAAUACCCG